AUGACUCAACCAGAAUCUUUGAAUAUCACACAAAGAAGAGAAAUUUCUCUCUAUCAUCGGAAUUGUAAAUACAAGAAACAAUGUAAAAUUAAAAAGAAAACACUUGAUGAGGUGAUUGUAAUUCUACAUCGAAUUAAAUAUCCGAGUGCACUUUUAACCCGAGAAUAUUUUGUCAAGACACCAAAAGCUAGAACAAUUAAAAUUUGGAAUGAACGGAAAGAGGAAAUUCAAUUUCAAUAUGAUUUUCAUUGUUUUCAUUGUAAGAAAAUGUGGGAUAAUUUUAACAUGUUAUUGGAACAUUGGAAAUUAUUUCAUGUGAAUGAUUUUUCAGUGUUGAAUAUUGAUUUGAUAGGUAGUAGAGGUGAUGUUCAUGUGAUUAUUUCUAAAAAAUUGAAUAAGAGUGGACUCAAAUUUUUUGAUCCCAUCACACUCAAGGAAUUACCAACGAGUAAUAUUUCAACAUUUGCAUCGGUUAAUUUAUUUUACAAUUUUUCAUUUAAUGAAAUGAAUGAUUUGGAAAAGAAUCAAAUGAAAACAUGGGUUCAGAAAAUUGGUGAGGAAGUGAAUAGUAUGUUUACGUUUCGAAUUUAUUAA